AUGACGCACAAGAAGAAUCCUCCGCCGUACGAGUCAGGCCAGAGCCAACAGAAGAGAAAAAAUGCUAACGUCAAGAAUGCGGCCAAUGGAAAUCGCUCAUUGUCGCGGGUCGUCGCGAACGAGUCGCUGCUUGCGACCGAGGGUGAAAAGAACGCGACCUCCAAGAGUCUCUACGGUGACUCCAGCGCACGCAUUUCAAGCAACCUGAGCUCCAUUCACGAUCGAAUUCGCUUUCGCGCGUACCAAUCUGUGUUAAAGAGCAUCAAGGGAAAGUCGCUGCUUCACAUUGGCUGUGGUAUGGGGCUGAUAUCGUUGAUGGCUGCACGUAAUCUAGCCUCUGUUGUUGUGGCGAUCGACCACUCCGCCAUCGUGGAUGCAGCGCAGGUGGUGGCAGAACAAAAUGGACUGCAGAACAUUAGUUUCUUUCGUGGGUCUCUGCGAGAAAUGAUGCAAAACUUUCCCGUAAAGAAGUUUGAUGUUAUUCUUUGUGAGUGGAUGGGAACUUUUCUCGUGAAUGAUCCGCUGCUGGAGGAUGCUCUCUUUGCGCAGGAAAACCUGCUGGCAGAGGACGGUGUCAUGUGCCCGGAUGGCUCGUCGAUCCACAUUGUUGGCGUCAGCGACUACUCCUUCCAGCUGAACACGGUAGAGUACUGGAGCAACGUGUACGGCUUCACCAUGGAACCAAUGAAGAAACUUGUGCGCCAAGAAGUAGAGACCUGCGCUAUUCCCUCGUCAAACAUUGUCACAAGCACUUGUCUGGCUCACACCGUCAAUAUUAAAAAGAUCCGAGGCGCUGAGGAGAAGGAGUCGGAUGAGAACGGUUUUGCCGUCCCCUUCAAGGUGAGGGCGACGUGUAACACGACGGUCAACUACCUGACCUUCUUUGUCGACGCCACUUUUACAAACCCGCAUGACCCCGGUGCCAACUUUGUCAUUGGCAUUCGCCCUGGCGGUGGCAACGCCUGGACAGAGACGAGCGUCGGGCUGCUUGACCCACUGCCCCUGAACUGCGGUGAGACACUCUCCGGUGAGUUGCGCGUUCGUGUGUUGGACAGGAAAAGGGGCACGACGUUGGUGGAGGUGACGGCGCAAACCGAUGGCGGUGUGGUGGCGCAGAAGACGACAGGGUCGUAUAUCUACCAGAGCUUCUAA